AUGUGGUCAUAUUCUGAGCUGAUGAUUGUGCUGCUGGGUAAGACUGGAUCAGGAAAGAGCGCAACAGGAAACACCAUCCUUGGAAAACAAGCAUUUAAGGUGGAGCUAUCUUCUGAGUCUGUAACUAAAGAAAGUAAGAAAUGUUGCGGGAAACUGGGGGAUAGAACAAUCACUGUGAUCGACACUCCAGGUCCUUUUGAUACAGAUUCUUACAACACAGUGAAAGAGCAGAUAGAGAAGGCCAUUGUUCCUGGUCCUCAUGUGUUUCUGCUGGUGAUCAGACUGGGUGUGAGAUUCUCAGAGGAGGAGAGGAAAACUGUAAAGUGGUUUCUGGAGACCCUUGGAGAAGAGGCAAAAAAACACACCAUUGUGUUGUUCACUCAUAGAAACCAGUUAAAGGGGAGAACUAUAAAACAAUGCAUGCAAGAGUAUUCAGUUCUGUAUGAAAUAGUUGAUAGUAUGGCUGGUUAUCAUGUGUUUGAGAAUGAUAAUGAGGAUGAUAAGACUCAGGUCACAGAGCUGCUGGAGAAGAUCGACAACCUGAUGGAAAAGAAUGGAAACCAGAUGUACACCAGAGAAAAGUCCACUGAGGUUCAGAGAAAGAAACAAGUAAAAUAUAUUGCAACUGUGGGAGGUGUUGUAACAGGGACAGCAGCAACAGCAGCAGCAGUCAGUGGUACACUUUGGACAGUAGUAGGAGCAGCAGCAGGAGCAGCAGUUGCAGUAGGAGGAGUAGUAGCAGUAGCAGCAGUAGCAAUUGGGGUAAUGGCAUGGGUGAAAAAAGACAGCUAA